AUGACCGAGCGUGGCAUAGAGAUCGUAUACGGUCGAUGGCUGAUAGAAGGUGCUCCCCGCGUUCUCUUGAUUGAUACUGGUGCAGGAUACAAGUAUCUUGACGAGUGGAAAGGAGAUCUUUGGAACGCUGCUGGAAUUCCGUCACCUUCGGCUGAUUCAGAGACCAACGAGGCAAUUGCAUUUGGAUAUCUUGUUGCAUGGUUUCUAGGAGAGUAUAUAUGUCGAGACACCGAGAGGGCUGUUAUAGCUCAUUUCCAUGAGUGGCUCGCAGGAGUUGCCUUGCCCCUGACCAAGAAGCGGCGGAUGGACGUAACGACUAUCUUUACCACUCAUGCAACUCUUCUCGGACGAUACCUUUGUGCCGGCUCAGUUGACUUCUACAACAACUUGAAGAACUUUGACGUGGAUGCAGAGGCCGGGAAACGAGGAAUCUACCACCGCUACUGCAUCGAGCGAGCUGCUGCUCAUUCUGCUGAUGUCUUCACCACAGUCUCUCACAUUACAGCCUACGAGAGCGAGCACUUGCUCAAACGAAAGCCCGACGGCGUCUUGCCUAAUGGAUUGAACGUCAAGAAAUUCUCGGCUGUUCAUGAGUUCCAAAACUUGCACUCUCAUUCAAAGGAUAAGAUUAACGACUUUGUACGUGGUCAUUUUUACGGCCACAAUGAUUUUGACCUGGAAAAUACCCUAUAUUUCUUCACCUCCGGCCGCUAUGAGUACCGAAAUAAGGGUGUUGACAUGUUUAUUGAAUCACUCGCGAGACUUAAUCACCGGCUGAAGGUAUCUGGAUCCAAGACUACCGUGGUAGCCUUUAUAAUCAUGCCUUCCCAGACUUCCUCUCUCACUGUUGAGGCUCUCAAGGGACAAGCUGUGGUCAAAUCGCUACGAGAUACCCUGGAAAGCGUGGAAAAGAGUAUCGGGAAACGGCUGUUCGAACGCUGUCUGGGCUGGAAAGAAGGUGACAACAUGCCCGAUGAAAAGGACCUCAUGACAAACCAGGAUCGUGUGCUUAUUCGUCGGCGUUUGUUUGCCAUGAAACGGCACAACCUUCCUCCAAUUGUCACUCAUAAUAUGAUCAACGACUCUGAAGAUCCCAUCCUUAACCAACUUCGCCGAGUCCAACUCUUCAAUUAUCCUACUGAUCGCGUCAAGGUGGUCUUCCACCCCGAAUUCCUUAACUCUGCGAACCCUGUGCUGCCUUUGGACUACGACGAUUUUGUCCGUGGUACCAACCUUGGAGUUUUCCCUUCAUACUAUGAGCCAUGGGGCUAUACCCCUGCAGAGUGCACGGUUAUGGGAAUCCCAAGUAUAACGACCAACCUUGCUGGUUUUGGAUGUUAUAUGGAAGAGCUGAUCGAAAACUCAGCCGAUUAUGGUAUAUAUGUGGUUGACAGACGAUUAAAAGGCGUUGACGACUCGGUAAACCAACUUACGAGCUACAUGUUCGACUUCUGCCAGAAGAGCAGACGGCAGCGAAUCAACCAAAGAAAUAGAACAGAACGACUGAGUGAUCUGCUGGAUUGGAAACGCAUGGGCUUAGAGUAUGUCAAGGCUCGCCAGCUCGCUCUCAGACGUGGUACGUGUUCAUAUUUCUCCCUUUUAUCCAGGUGA